CACGGACGGGCGCGGCGCGCACGCAGGGACAGGGGCGCUAGUGCGGGAAGCAGGCAGCCAGAGCCAGCGGAGAGCGGCCGCGGCAGCAGGGUCCGCCAUGGCGGUGGGCGCGGCAGCCGCGAAGCUGCACCUCUCGUCGGCCGCCGCGGCCGCGCGCCGCCCCUCGCUGCUCCACCUCGCGGCCGUCGCGGUCCUCUGCUCCCUGUCCUACCUCCUCGGCAUCUGGCACCACGGCGGCUUCUCCGCGGCCCCCGCCGCCGGCGCCGGCGCCGCCGUCUCCAUCGCCACCGCAGUCUCCUGCGCCUCCCCGACCCCGACCGUCUCCGCGGGCUCCUCCUCUUCCCCCUCCUCCUCCGCGGGGCCGCUCGACUUCGCCGCGCACCACACCGCGGAGGGGAUGGAGGCGGAGGCCGCGCCGCGCCAGCGCGCCUACGAGGCCUGCCCCGCCAAGUACUCCGAGUACACGCCCUGCGAGGACGUGGAGCGCUCCCUGCGCUUCUCGCGCGACCGCCUCGUCUAUCGGGAGCGUCACUGCCCGGCCUCCGACGCCGAGCGCCUCCGCUGCCUCGUGCCGGCGCCCAGGGGCUACCGCAACCCGUUCCCGUGGCCCGCCAGCCGCGACGUAGCCUGGUUUGCCAACGUCCCGCACAAGGAGCUCACCGUCGAGAAGGCGGUGCAGAACUGGAUCCGCGUCGACGGCGACAAGUUCCGCUUCCCAGGGGGAGGCACCAUGUUCCCGCGCGGCGCCGGCGCCUACAUCGACGACAUCGGGAGGAUCAUCCCGCUCCACGACGGAUCCAUCCGCACCGCCCUCGACACCGGCUGCGGGGUGGCGAGCUGGGGAGCCUACUUGCUGUCGCGCAACAUCCUGGCCAUGUCCUUCGCCCCGCGAGAUUCACACGAGGCACAGGUGCAGUUUGCACUGGAGCGUGGUGUGCCAGCGAUGAUUGGGGUGCUCGCCUCCAAUCGGCUCACCUAUCCGGCCCGUUCCUUUGACAUGGCGCAUUGCUCCCGCUGCCUCAUCCCAUGGCAACUCUAUGAUGGACUGUACUUGAUAGAGAUCGAUCGCGUUCUGCGGCCUGGAGGGUAUUGGAUCUUGUCCGGACCACCGAUCAACUGGAGGAAACACUGGAAGGGGUGGGCCAGGACUAGAGAGGACCUGAAUGCAGAGCAGCAAGCUAUUGAGAAAGUUGCCAGAAGCCUCUGCUGGAAGAAGGUCAAGGAGGAAAAUGACAUUGCUAUCUGGCAGAAGCCUACUAACCACAUUCACUGCAAAACCAUUCGCAAGGUUAUCAAGUCCCCACCCUUUUGCUCUAGCCAAAAUCCAGAUGCUGCCUGGUAUGACAAGAUGGAGGCUUGUAUAACUCCACUCCCAGAGGUCAGUGACUUAAAGGAGGUUGCCGGUGGCGAGUUGAAGAAAUGGCCGGAGAGGCUCACUGCAGUACCGCCCAGGAUUGCCAGUGGCAGCAUCGAGGGGGUAACGGAAGAGAUGUAUGUGGAAGAUACUGAGUUAUGGAAGAGGAGAGUUGGACACUACAAGUCCGUGAUCUCUCAAUUCGGGCAGAAGGGCCGGUACCGCAAUUUGCUCGAUAUGAAUGCGAAGUUUGGCGGCUUCGCUGCAGCAUUGGUGGAUGACCCCGUGUGGGUCAUGAACAUGGUCCCUACUGUUGGCAACUCAACAACCCUGGGGGUAAUAUACGAGCGUGGCCUCAUCGGGAGCUACCAGGACUGGUGUGAGGGCAUGUCUACUUAUCCCCGGACCUACGACCUCAUUCAUGCUGAUUCAGUGUUCACACUAUACAAUGGCAGGUGUGACAUGGAGAACAUUCUGCUGGAAAUGGACAGGAUCCUGAGGCCGGAGGGCACGGUCAUCGUAAGAGAUGAUGUGGACCUGUUAGUGAAGAUAAAGAGCAUCGCGGACGGGAUGAGAUGGAAUAGCCAGAUCGUGGAUCACGAAGAUGGUCCACUCGUCCGCGAGAAGCUCCUCCUUGUUGUGAAGACAUACUGGACAUUGGGGGACAACAAGCAAUAGGAAUAACGUGGAAUAAAAGAGUUAGAGCGAUUGACAUGCUUGGCAAAUCUGUGACUGGCUUUGCCAUGUGAAUCUGGAGUUUGUUUUCUUUUUUUUUUCUUUUUGGGUAUUCUUUUGGGGAAAAUAGUCCACAAAAAGGAGAUGCUCUCCUUGUUAAGCUAUGAGAGAGGGAACCCAGCACAGAUUUUGACAUGAAAAAACAGAACAUAUUGUGUCAAGUGGGUAAAUAGAAAGUAUAAUGUUGGGGUCAAUUUUUUCUCCGGGUGCACAUUGUUUAGUUCUAGUUGUUAGAUGUUUAUUAUGUGA